UAUUUAUCCUGUUACCUGUGCGUUUAUAUAAGGCGUCCAGAUCCAGUAGUAUCACACUGCAUACACCUGUCUGAGAGGCAGGAGAGCUACAAGUCACUGGCUGUAAUCAGAGAAAAUAAAAAGACAAUGUUUCCUCUGCUGUGCCUAUCAGCUGUGCUGGCAAUCGUCCUUGUGCAGGCCAGUGAUCCAUUGUCAACUGAUAAUCCAGCUGUACAGAAUGAAAUUAUAAACCUGAUCAAUGACUGCAGAAGAAAUGUCGACCCAUCUGCUUCGAACAUGGUGAAAGCGACAUGGAGCAGCGAGGCUCAGCAGAAUGCUCAAAGAGUGGCUCAAAAAUGUAACUUUGUGCACAGUGAUCCGUCCGAAAGAAAGACGUCAAAAUUCCAGUGUGGGGAAAACUUAUACAUGACUACAGGUGAGGGCAGCUGGGCUGAAGCGAUUAAUGCCUUCGAUAAUGAAAAGAAGGAUUUUAUUUUUGGUAAAGGACCCGUUGACAGCAGCAAAAUAGUUGGACACUACACCCAGCUGGUCUGGUAUAACUCACGUGAAACUGGAUGCGCUGUUGCUGACUGUCCCAACGGGCCCUUUAAGAAGUUCUUCGUGUGUCAUCAAUGUCCACCGGGAAAUGUCAACUCGUCACCGUAUCCCUACAACAAAGGAGAUAAGUGCAAAGAGUGUCCAAAUAAUUGUGACAACGGCUUAUGCACCAAUCCUUGCCCAUGGGCUAAUACAAUAUCCACCUGCAAUCAGUUAAAGCCGUAUUGCACUCUUAUGGACCAAGUCAAAAAUGGAUGCCAAGCUUCAUGCAAUUGUAACAAUAAUGAAAUUAUAUAACGUCUAUGCAGGUGGACCUAAUAAGAAUGAAGACAUUUAGUGAACAAUAUUUUGUGUGCAGACAACCACUACAUUAUUCUAUUGUAUCUGUGCAAUAUCCUGUUAUUCAUUGCAAUAAAUCAGAUGCUACUGUAGCUUUCACUAGUGCACAGUAGUCUCAUCAGAACAAA